UUUCACCACAUUUACAACCAUAUAGUUACGAAUCACCGAUUUGCUUUUACUUGCUUGAUACACCCACGUUUGUGAUUAUUCUCAGUUGUCCUUUCUACACUAGCAACAAAGAAGAUACUUAGACAUAUUGGUUAAAUUUUUUUUCUCAAAAGUUCAACCUUUUUGAGCAUCAUGAAUCAACUAAUACGAUCUAGCACCGCUAGUCGUCUACUUGGUAAACAAUUGGCACCAGCGUCUAUAUUAUCAAGAUACUCCCUUGCUCGUAUCAUCAUUCCGUAUGCCACAAGAAACUUUACCACUUAUUCACACUUGCGUCAAACUCAAAGCACAUUUAAACCAGCAUUGGCACCACCAUCACAGGCAUCGCAAUUACCCAGCCCUCCUCAAUUACAGAGUCUACCACCAAUCACAAAGGCAACCUUGUUAUCCCAGACAAACAGUAAACUCGCACGUUUGUUGAUCCAUUUG